AUAUUUCACUCGUUCCAUAUUUAAUUAUUACCCUCAAAAACUGUAAAAUUGCGAAAAACCUACAUUUUUAGGGAAUUUACUAGCAACUUGCAUCUUUCUCCCAUAAGAACCAAUGCUUUUACAGCUAUGUUUUGCCCACCAUUCUGUCAAAUCAGCUCUCUGUCUCUCUCGCUCGGAUGUAGUUCCCCAGUAUGCCGUCGACAGCAGCAAUUGGCGCUGAAAGCAGGGUGAUAAGCAGUCUAUAUAUCUCUAGGUCGUUGUCUUUUCCUGAUCUCUGUUAAAGACACUUUUAUCUGUGACUACAAUAUUUUUGUUAUAUGUAUUUUUCUUAUGAAUCACAACAAACACCAGCAUUAGAUAUAGAAGUUUAUAUUUUGUGCCUAAGCUAACAUAAACGAAGAUACCAGCAGCUGCAACUUCGCACGACUGGUAACUGUUGUUUGCUGAAAAUGAGUGAUAAAAAUGGAAGCAGUAUAGUUAAUGUUGGAGACUAUGUAGUAAUCCAGAGACAGAAGUACUCAAAACUACACAAGAUCACAAAGAAGUGUAAAGUUAGUCUAGGUAAAGACCAAGUGGAAUUGGACAUUGUAGUAGGAAAGCCUGUAUGGACUACAUACAAGAUGGAAAUAAAGUCUAAGAAGUUGUUUAAAUUAGUUGAAUGUGAUUGUGCGGAGAGUUUGGCUGAACAGUUGAUAAGAGAUGUUUCCAGUGGGAUGGAUAAUAGGAAUAUUUAUGACGAUGGCAAUUCUCAGCUACUUUCGAAGGACGAAAUUGUCGGGUUGAGGGAUAGUGGCUUGUCUGGACCGGAAAUUGUGGGGCAUUUAAUAGGGAACAGUAAAACCUUUCACAAUAAAACAGAAUAUGCUCAGGAAAAGUACUUGCUCAAAAAAGAGAAAAAGUAUUUUGAGUACGUGACUAUCCGUCGUCCUACAUUGAGGCUAGUAACACAAAUAAUGUUCAAGCAAGACCCUGCUAAGAUAAUGUGGCUGAGAAUGGACACAAUAUCACAAAUCACUACAAUGGUUGGUAUUCAUUCACAUGGGACGUACUUACUGUACGAUAGUGGCUGUUUGGGACUGCCGGCAGCCAGCAUGUUGAACUACAUUGGUGAAAAUGGUCAUGUUAUUAAUAUACACCCUGGGACUCUCCCUCAGAAGGAAGCUAUUCAAGCUAUGAAUUUUUCUGAAAGUCAUUUGAGUCGUAUGAUGACUGUGAAUAUUCAUAAGUUAUUGUGUAAUGUUCAUGGUGAUACAAGCAAUAAAUGUCAGGAAAGUAAUUCUGUUGGUGAUUUAUCAAAAUUAGCUCAUUUUUCAGAUGAAAACUUGCCAAAAGUGGAUGAGAAUCAUGGCAGUGUCACUAGUGAAGAAAGAGCAAAGAUCUGCCAAAAUGGACGGAAGUGCUCUGAUGACCAGUCGACUGGUGAAGAAGUAGAUAACAAGAAACGGAAACUUGAAGAUGGGGGGACCAACCUGGCCAAGAGACCCCGAUGGGAGCUUGAGAUGGAUAGAGCUGCAUGUCUGCUGCGGACUCGCAAGGCAGACGGUCUCGUGGUGGUGGCUCGGGAGCAUCCUGUGAACAUAGUGACAUCGCUUCUGCCGCUGGUGGCAGCGUCUCGACCAGUGGUGGUGUACAGUGCGGUGCGGGAGCCCCUGCUGGACCUCUACAUGCACCUCAAAUCUCGUGGAGACGUGGUGGGCCUGCGGCUCACGGAGACGUGGCUGCGGAUGCACCAGGUGCUGCCCGACCGCACUCAUCCUGAUAUGCUCAUGGAUGGGGGAGGGGGGUACCUACUAGUCGGGACUGCUGUGGAAGGGAGGCGGUGCUGACAAGACACUUGCAUUCUACUUUGGUGGAUUGUGCCUGUUACUGUAUAAGUCGUAAAAUGUUUUUACACAAUUACUGUUACAUUGUAAAUAAUAUUUAUUUGUAUUAAAUAGUUGAAAUGUUUUAUA